AUGACUCUCUAUGGAAAGGUCCUAGGCGCAGACGCCACAGCAACAACAUACCUCCUCGAAUGCCCCUCCAAUGACGAGGCCUGUGACAGAAACGGCCAGACAAUCACCCUAGGUCCAUGGGCUGAGAAAACACUUGCCGCAAGCGCAGACCCAACAGGAGCCAUGGACGUAGCCAUCACGGAGCUACCGGAUGGUACAAAGUGGUUCUACUCGCUCCACUGCGAGAUGAGCAGAUCUGUUGCGAAGGACUGCACUGUGAUCAAUAGACCGGCUAAUAGUCCCUCGACAAUUGGGCCGGAGACGUACAAGGACGAGUUGGAUAUGAGAGAGAUUUAUGGUCCAACGUUUGAGUAUGGGAGCGUCACGCUUACCGCGGGGUUGGAGAAGCUCGAGAGUGAGUAUCCCACUACCACUACGACAACAGGUGAAGCUGAGGCUACCGAAUCCGUUUCUAAGGAAACAGGUAGUUCUACGGCCAGUACUGAUGCACCAGCUGAGUCGAAGGGCGGUAUGAGUGGCGCGAAGCUUUCAUUAGCGGCAGUAUGCGCUGGACUGUUUGCUAUAAUGGAAUUGUCGCCGUGA